UUUAAAUGAGUUAUCUCUAUUCACCCUACAGAUCCUAUGCCAGACCCUACUAGUAUUCACCCACCCGUUCAUAUGUUUCCCCAGUUUACACAUCCACUCCACCAAGAGGUAAAACUUCAAUGCAAAAUACUUAAGGCAAUUCUUGGGUGGAAAGAAUCCCUGUUGAACAGAGAUACACUGAGUAUGUUCCCGAGCAGAGAAUUGAAUACAAGCCAGUCGAGAGAAGAUAUACAGACUACGUGGAAAGUAGGAAAUCAUUGAAAUCAUUAAGUCGAACAUUACAGAGAUUAUGUGCCAGUCCCAAGACUGGAAAGAAGAGUAGAAUACGUGCCAAUAGAGAGAUACAAUGAAGCAGUUGACUAUGUUCCGGUGGAGAGAUCCAGUGUUGUUCGCUAGCCUCUCUCAAAUUCUUUAGCCUACAGCAGAUAUUCCAGAUACCCAUCCAGAUAUUAUUAUUAUUGAUUAUUAUUAUAUAUUAAUUCCACAUCCAUGCGAACACUG